AUGCGACAAACAUCACCAUUCUGCGUCCCCAUAGUGUUAGGCUGUGAUUGGUCCACAGAUGCCUUCACCCCCUCAGACACCAGUCAGCUGAUCACAUGGCAGGACGGACGCUGUGACUCCGCCUUCCUGUCCACGCUGCCUCCGCCCCAGUCACAUGUCAGCGUAGCCACAGGCUUCGGAUGUGCCACCAUCUUCUGGUUCCUCAAACACAGACCAGACUUCCUGGACUCCUUCUCGGUGGCGGGGACAGUCCAGGACUACGUGGUGUCCAUGCUGUGUGGUCUGGACGUUUGUGUGAUGACCCCACAGAACGCAGCCAGCUGGGGGUUCUACGACAGCAGAACAGACAGGUGGAACAGGGACAUUCUCCAGGAGGCGGGCUUCCCUGUGCGUCUCCUCCCUCGUCUCCGCCCCUCUGGAACUCUGGCCGGUCGGACGCGCUCCCAGUGGAACGGUGUUCCCAUGGGAACGGCGGUGGGCGUGGCUCUGGGAGACUUCCAAUGUUCUGUCUACUCCUGCAUGAACCAACGCACGGACGCAGUUCUGAACAUCGGUACUUCGGCUCAGCUCACCUAUGCGAUGCCGUCAGACUUCACCCCUCCCCCGUCUCCUCAGCCUGACUCCGCCCUCUCCUUCUUCCCGUAUUUUGACUCCUCCUACUUGGCGGUGGCGGCAUCGCUCAAUGGAGGAAAUGUCCUGGCCACGUUUGUGGAGACACUCGCCGCAUGGACAAAGGAACUGGGGGCGGAGCUUAGCAGUUCCAGUUUCUACGAGAAGCUGAUUGGUUGCGCUCUGAACCAGGAAACCACUGACCUGAGGGUGAGUCCCACCCUCCUGGGGGAGAGACACGCCCCCUUCCAUCUGGGUCAGGUGACCAACAUCUCUGCCUCCAACCUGUCCCUGGGUCACGUGACCAGGGCGCUGUGCCGCGGCGUGGUGGAGAACCUGACCUCCAUGAUGCCAGCUGAGAGCUUGCGGCGGGCGGGGGUGCGGAAGCUCAUCGGCAGCGGGGCGGCGCUCGCCCGAAACCAGGUGCUGAGACAGGAAGUGGAGAGGGCGUUUCCUCUGCCUGUGGUUUACAGACAGAACGCUGACUCCGCACUCGGAGCCGCCAUGGCCAUCUGCGACCACCUUCAGAUCGGAGACGACCUCCUUCCUCAGAAGGAUGAGGCGGAGCCAAAACCUCAGGGACCAACCGCAGGACGAGAUGGCAUGGACGUCAUCUGAGGGGGCGGAGCUACACCUGGAGGUUCUUCAGUAACAGGAUGAUGAGUCAGUGUCAUUUAUGAAUGGACUCCGACUGAGGGACGGUGUCGCCAUGGUUACGCCAUUUCCUGUCUCCGCCUCCUCAGGUCGAACUGAGGGAUUUAAUUACAUGUUAAUUACAUGUUAAUUACAUUUUAAUUACAUGAUGAUUUGACUCUUGCUUUAUAAGUAGAAUUACAUUAAUGUGAAUUUAUUCAUUAAAUUUUGGUGAAAUUCAUGGUUAACCAUCAUUAAAGGCAGCAGUUGUGCGUCUGUUUGACCUUUGACCUUUACAGCACAGCGCUGCUUCAUCAUCUGUCUCCUGUUUUUAUACACUGAACAAAAAUAUAAACGCACCACUUGUGUUUUUGCUCCCAUUUUUCAUGAGCUGAACUCAAAGAUCUAAAACUUUUUCUCUGUACACAA